CGCGGGUCCCGCGGCGGGAGCGCCGCGGGCCCGUCGCGCACUUAGGCGUAUCAAAGAGCGCGCCGCCACAGGAACAUUACACUGGAACACAGUGGCGUACGUGGCAACGCGGCAGUUCAUUUUAAGAUGUCGUACGAAUCGGACUCGGACGAAGAAGACUUUUUAUUACUUUUGGCUCUCAGCCGUAAAAAGAGAAUAUGGGUUCACGAUAUAAACAAAAAACGGGAACAGUAUGGUGAAUAUCACCGUCUAUGCAGGGAGCUCGAAAGUGACGACGAUCGUUUUUUUAGUUAUUUCCGCAUGUCCAAGAAUAGUUACGAAGAAUUGCAUCAACUUUUGGAGCUGCAAAUAUCAAAAAAAAACACUAAUUACAGAGCUUCUAUAACAUCACGACAAAGGCUUGCGAUUUGCAUUCGGUAUUUGUCAACUGGAGAUUCUUUCCAAACCAUAGCAUUUUCUUUUCGAGUCGGAAGCAGUACGGUAUCCCUAAUAGUUCGAGAAGUAUGUAAAGCAAUUUGGGACACACUUCAACCAAUUUAUAUCCCUGCGCCAACAGAAGCAAUUUGGAAGCAGUCGGAAACAGGGUAUCGAGAAUUAUGGGGUUUCCCUAAUUGCCCAGGCAGUAUUGAUGGCAAGCAUGUAAGAAUAGAAUGUCCAAGUAACAGCGGGUCGCAGUACUAUUGUUACAAAUCAUACUUCUCGAUUGUUUUGCUUGCCAUCGUCGACCCGCAUUAUAAGUUUUUGGUAGUAGACAUCGGGAGCUAUGGGCGACAAAGUGACAGCGGAAUAUUCGAAAACACGGUUCUGUAUAAAGAGUGUGUCGCAGGAAAAUACAUUUUGCCGCCAAAACCGCUGCCAGGCACCAAUGAUCCUGUGCCACACGUAUUGAUAGGAGAUGAGGGGUUCGGCCUGAAACCGUUUCUGAUGAGACCUUUCCCGAAGACGGCGGCAUUACACGACGAACGAAAAAAAAAUUUAACUACAGAUUGUGCCGUGCGCGACGUACGGUCGAGAACGCCUUCGGCUUGUUGUCUGAAAAAUGGCGUGUAUUUCAUCGACCCAUCUCGUGCAACGUCGAAACAGCAACCGACGUUGUAAAAGCGGCGUGUUGCUUGCAUAAUUACGUCAGAGUAAAGGACAGCAAUACAUACGGUUUUAAUGCCCACAAUGAAGAAAAUGCAUUACGGGCAUUAAGACCGACAAACCAACGCGCGCAAACAGAAGCAUUUCUAAUUAGAGAAAAGUUUGUGACUUAUUUUAAUAAUAAUCAUUAAAUACAAUAAAUAUCG